AGAUUACGAGUAACUGGGUUGAGGUGGCCUUCUCUGGAAUGUCCUGGACUCCUGGUCUAGUCAGGUUCAGGCAUUACACUACAGAUCUUUCUGGAACAAUCACCCUUUUUCAAAACCCUCAAUUCUUCAUUUCUACUUCCCAUUCUUAACCCUCAUAUCCUCCAACUUGUUCUGCUAACUAUAUUCUAUACAGCUAUGGCUACCGCACAACUUAUGCGAUCAGCAAUUCGCCGUCGAGAUGCUUUCUCAUCCGUCCAUGCUUAUUCUUCGUUGGCUGGUAAUCAUUUGUCAUGGUUUCCCCCAUCUUUGGCCAGUAGGUGGAUGACUUUAACUCGAUCAUUCAGUUCGAAACCCACUGGUGAUGAAAUUAUUGGCAUUGAUCUCGGUACUACUAAUUCAUGUGUGGCAGUAAUGGAAGGAAAGAAUGCGAAGGUAAUAGAGAAUGCUGAAGGAGGACGAACAACACCUUCAGUUGUUGCCAUAACUCCUAAAGGUGACCUACUGGUGGGAACCCCUGCAAAAAGACAAGCUGUGACAAACCCACAAAAUACCUUUUUUGGAACAAAACGUCUAAUCGGCAGACGUUUUGAUGACCCUCAAACUCAGAAGGAGAGUAAAAUGGUUCCUUUUAAGAUAGUUAGGGCCCCAAAUGGAGAUGCAUGGGUCGAAACUACUACCGGACAGCAGUACUCUCCUAGUCAGAUUGGAGCAUAUGUUCUAACAAAGAUGAAGGAAACUGCAGAAGCGUAUUUGGGAAAGAGUAUCUCUAAAGCUGUAGUUACAGUUCCUGCUUAUUUUAAUGAUGCUCAGAGGCAAGCAACAAAAGAUGCUGGAAAGAUCGCAGGGCUGGAUGUGCAACGGAUCAUUAAUGAACCGACUGCUGCUGCACUUGCAUAUGGGUUAAAUAACAAGGAAGGUCUCAUAGCGGUUUUUGACCUUGGAGGUGGAACUUUUGAUAUAUCCAUUUUAGAGAUAAGUAAUGGCGUGUUUGAGGUGAAAGCAACCAACGGUGAUACCUUCUUGGGAGGAGAAGAUUUUGAUAAUGCUUUGGUUGAAUUUUUGGUGAGUGAGUUCAAGAAAACUGAUGGCAUUGAUCUAUCAAAAGAUCGGCUGGCUUUGCAAAGGCUAAGGGAAGCUGCAGAGAAGGCCAAGAUUGAGUUAUCAUCUACCACUCAAACAGAUAUUAGCUUACCCUUCAUUACUGCUGAUGCAUCUGGUGCAAAACAUUUCAACAUGACAUUAACUAGGUCAAAGUUUGAAAGUCUGGUGGAUCAUUUGAUUGUUAGGACGAGAGACCCAUGCAAGAAUUGUUUAAAAGAUGCUGGAAUAUCUACCAAAGAGGUGGAUGAAGUCCUUUUGGUGGGUGGAAUGACUCGUGUACCUAAGGUACAAGAGGUUGUUAAUGAAAUAUUCGCGAAGACUCCGAGUAAGGGUGUCAAUCCCGAUGAAGCAGUUGCAAUGGGUGCAGCUAUUCAAGGUGGUAUCCUUCGUGGGGAUGUUAAAGAGCUACUUCUACUUGAUGUAACUCCUCUUUCACUUGGUAUUGAGACUCUUGGUGGUGUUUUUACCAGGUUGAUCAACAGAAACACAACCAUCCCUACCAAGAAAUCUCAGGUAUUCUCAACAGCAGCAGAUAAUCAAACCCAGGUGGGAGUUAAAGUCUUUCAAGGCGAGCGUGAAAUGGCAACAGACAACAAACUUCUAGGAGAAUUUGAACUUCAGGGUAUCCCACCUGCACCUAGGGGGAUUCCACAAAUCGAAGUGACAUUCGACAUUGAUGCCAAUGGCAUUGUCACUGUUUCUGCUAAAGAUAAGACAACUGGCAAGGAACAGCAAAUUACCAUCCGAUCAUCUGGAGGUUUGUCGGAAGACGAGAUUCAGAAAAUGGUUCAAGAAGCAGAAUUGCAUGCCCAGAAAGACAAGCAGAGGAAAGCUCUAAUUGAAAUAAGAAACACUGCCGAUUCUACUAUUUAUAGUGUUGAGAAGAGUUUGUCAGAGUACAAGGACAAGGUUCCAACGGACGUUGUGAAAGAGAUAGAAACUGCUGUUGCUGAUCUCAGGGAAGCUGUGCAGAAAGAUGAUGCUGAUUUGAUAAAGGCCAAGAUUGAUGCAGCAAAUGCCGCAGUUUCAAAGAUCGGACAACAUAUGGCUGGUGGUAGUGGCGGUGGUGCUGACGGAGGUUCUGGUGGAUCGCAAGGUGGUGGGGAUCAAACCCCUGAAGCAGAAUACGAAGAGGUGAAGAAGUAAACUUUUAAACGCGAGUUUAGUUGAAUCCUUACUUCCUUAGUGUGUAGUUCAUGUUUAUUAUACGCAUUACCCAGUCUCGUCUCUUUGUUAUAAUUCGAUGUAGAUUUUAGAAAGAAACCCUGAAUUAAAUUGCAAUUGUGGAUGCAAUAUUUCAGAGCUGUUAAUACACACUUGUUUUCAACCAAGGAAAAUAUAGGGUUUUUAUUUUUGUAAUUGUCCACUAUAAAGCUACCACUAGAGGUGUUUAUUCGGGUUAUCGAGUUGAUCUUAGGUUAGGUACUUCGACUUGAAAUCGGGUUUGUGUUCAUAUUGUUUUUUAUAUUAUUGUAAAUUAUUUUUUAAAUCAGGUCAAAUCGAGUUUGGUUAUAAGGUCGGAUAAAUUUCGAGUCACCGGGUCUGUUUUGGAACACCUCUACCUACCGUAAAAUAUUCAAAUAUUUCAAGCA